AUCCUCCCUCAAAUCCCACGCCUUUUUUGUUUCUCUGCCUUCGCUUCCGCUUCCUCUCUCUUUCCUCCGCCCUUGUAAUUUGUAAAUACUCCCUCCCUCCCUCUCUCUCUCUCUCUCUUCUCAUUCUCCCCUACCCACUCCCUCUGUCGAGCUCUUCUUCUCACGGAAAAACCUCUCAGUGAGAGCAAUGGCUAGCCGAGGAAGGCGAGGCGGCCGCGGCGGUCGUGGAGAUCGGCAGCGCCCUGCCGGUGGUGGCGAUCAGCCGCCCCCUGCAUUCACGCCUGGUCGCGCUCAGGCCGGUGGCCGGGGAGCCGGAAGCUCCGGGCCACCACCCAGGGCCUCCUACGCCCGCCCCGCUGCGACUGCAACCCCCAGUGUUGCUUCCAGCUCUUCUGCUCCGCCGCCUUCGGCAUCUUCGUCGGCCCAGGUGGCUCAGCUUGGGCGCGACAUUGAAGAGAAGCUGUCCUUGGGGCGGCCUGGGUCGGCCAUUGUGCCUCCCAGGAGGCCUGGCUACGGUCGGGUUGGCAUGAAAUGUUUCGUUCGUGCCAACCACUUCAUCGUCGAGGCCGCCGACAAGGAUUAUUUCCACUACGACGUGACGAUUAGUCCCGAGAUUGCCUCGAAGCAAGUCAGUAGGGAGGUGAUCUCCAAUCUUGUUCACCUCUAUGGUGAAUCGCAUUUGGGCAAGAGAAUGCCUGCUUAUGAUGGCAGGAAGAGCCUCUACACAGCAGGCCCCUUCCCUUUUGAGUCCAAAGAAUUUGUUGUUAAGCUUCCUGAGAGGAAUGAUGGAGGUUCGAGUUCCAAGAGGAAGGAUCGCGAACGCCUGUUUAAGGUUAACUUGAAGCUUGCCUCGCAUGGUGAUCUUCAUCACCUUCGUCAAUUUCUCAGGGGCGUGCAGCCGGAAUGCCCUCAGGAGACUAUACAAGUGCUUGAUGUGGUUCUAAGGGCACAACCCUCAAUCUUAUAUAAUGUUGUAGGCCGAUCCUUUUUCCACCCGACCCUCGGCGCAACAGGGGAUCUUGGGGAUGGUCUUGAGUAUUGGCGAGGGUACUAUCAGAGUUUGAGGCCUACUCAGCUUGGCCUCUCAAUGAAUAUUGAUCUUUCUGCAAGAGCCUUCUAUGAUCCUGUUAUCGUGACAGAUUUCAUCCAGAAGCAUUUCAACUACAGAGACAUGACCAGAGCUCUAUCUGAUCAGGAUCGCAUCAAGGUGAAGAAAGCUUUGAGAGGGGUGAAGGUCGAGCUUGUCCACCAAGAAUAUGCCAGAACGUACAGGAUUACUGGAAUUUCUCCCCAAUCUGCCCAGCACACCAUGUUUACACUUGAUGAUAACAAAACAAGUAUUUCAGUUGUCCAGUAUUUCCGUCAGAAAUACAAUAUUGUUGUAAAACAUCCAAAUCUGCCUUGCCUUCAAGCUGGCAGUGAUUCAAAGCCUGUGUACUUGCCCAUGGAGGUUUGUAAAAUUAUCCGUGGGCAAAGAUAUACUAGGAAACUCAAUGAGAAACAGGUUUCGAAUCUGUUAAGGGCAACCUGUCAACGCCCUAAUGAUAGGGAACGCAACAUUAGACAGAUGGUCUCACAGAGAGACUUUGGUGCUGACAAUCUAGUCAGCAACGAAUUUGGGAUGAAAGUAAGUGGUGAUCUUGCGAAGGUUUCUGCUCGUGUUUUACCUGCACCGAUGUUAAAUUAUCAUCCCAGUGGUAGAGAAGCUACGGUCGAUCCAAGGAUGGGUCAAUGGAACAUGAUCAACAAGAAAAUGAUCAAUGGGGCGAGAGUUGAUGCCUGGUCAUGUAUAAACUUCUCAAUGAAGUUGAACAGAAAUGUUCCCUAUGACUUCUGCGACGAGCUGGUUAACAUGUGCAACAGCAAAGGAAUGGUGUUCAACCCCCGACCUGUGCUUGAUAUCAAGUUUGCCAACGUUAACCAGCUUGAGAGGGCUCUUGCUGAUGUGCAUAAGGAGUCCAUGACAAAACUUGCUGGCUCGAACUGCCCUCAGCUUCAGUUGCUUAUCAUUAUCCUGCCUGAUAUGAGCGGGUCAUAUGGAAGGAUCAAAAGGAAAUGCGAAACUGAGCUGGGAAUCGUCUCCCAAUGCUGCCAGCCUAGGCAAGCUGCAAAGCUGUCCAAGCAGUACUUCGAGAAUGUGGCGUUGAAGAUCAACGUUAAGGUUGGUGGAAGGAACUCUGUUCUUAAUGAUGCUAUACACAGAAAAAUACCAUGCGUGUCUGAUAUGCCUACCAUCAUCUUUGGGGCUGAUGUGACUCAUCCACAACCUGGUGACGAUUCUAGCCCUUCUAUUGCUGCUGUUGUUGCUUCGAUGGACUGGCCUGAGGUAACAAAGUAUCGCUGCCUUGUUUCCGCACAAUCCCACCGGGAGGAAAUUAUAGAGGAUCUCUACAAGAAAGCUCCAAAUCAACAAGGGACAAUGCACAAGAGUAUGAUUAUGGAUCACCUCAAGGCAUUCAGAAGAUCGACUGGGCUGAAACCUGGCAGGAUUAUCUUCUAUAGAGAUGGAGUUAGUGAGGGCCAGUUUAGUCAGGUGCAGCUGUAUGAAAUUGACGCAAUCCGCAAGGCCUGUGCCUCGCUUGAGGAAGGAUACCUGCCUCCUAUUACCUUUGUUGUGGUCCAAAAGAGGCACCACACUCGCUUCUUCCCUGAGGACCAGCGGCGCACGGAUAGGAGUGGCAAUAUUCUUCCUGGUACUGUUGUGGAUACUGAUAUCUGCCACCCGACCGAGUUUGAUUUUUACUUGAACAGUCAUGCUGGUAUUCAGGGUACAAGCAGGCCUGCUCACUACCAUGUGCUGUAUGAUGAGAACAAAUUUACCGCUGAUGCGCUGCAGUUGCUGACCAACAACCUCUGCUACACCUAUGCUCGGUGUACCCGUUCGGUCUCAAUUGUUCCUCCUGCAUAUUAUGCACACCUGGUUGCAUUCCGCGCACGAUACUAUAUCGAGGGCGACUAUUCCGAUGGUAGCUCUUCCGGCGGUCGUGGAGUUCGGGAAGGCGCUGUGGAAGUUCGCCAACUUCCUGCAAUUAAAGAUAACGUGUUGAACGUUAUGUUCUUCUGUUGACAGUUGAAGAUCAACUACUUUUAGCAGAACUUCUAACUUUGUAAUGACACAGUUGUGAAUGGUCUCCCAUCGGAAAGCUUUUGAGAUGGGUUUGAAUUUCCUUUUCCCUGUUUAGAAGGGAGUAUGUUUUGGCUCAGUGAAGCCUAACUCCUAAGCAUUUUGGAACGGCUCGGUUGCGAAUGGUCUCCCAUCGGAAAGCUUUUGAGACGAUGGGUUUGAAUUUCUUUUCUGUGUGUAGAAGGGAGUAUGUUUUGGCUCAGUGAAGCCUAACUCCUAAGGCCUUGUUUGGAUUCAGGAACAAAAAAAUUAACACAUUAUACACA